CUUAGGUCGUAUAUAAAAAAGGCUCGACUAUUCUCUCUUCACUUCGUUCAAAGCACGCCGUGUUUCGCUAUCUCCCAUCCUUUCGCAUUUCCAACACCCUUUUCAUCUGUGAAAGGAUAGUCACCAUGGUUGAUCAGGUCCAACAUCCUACAAUCAUGGACAAGGUGGCUGGCCAACUCCAUCUUCGAUCUGGUCUUUCAUCUGGUAUAAAGAGUUAUGAUGGAGCCUUCCGCCACCCUGCUAUGUACCAAAGGCCCUCAUUUGGGAAUUACUCGAAUGCUGCAUUGCAGUAUCCAGUAAUGCCCACUUGCAAAACUACUAUGGAUUUGUCUGCUGCAACAACAACCUCCCCUGUUUUUGCUGCGGCACCAGCAGAGAAGGGCCAUUUUCUUAUAGACUUUCUCAUGGGAGGUGUUUCAGCAGCUGUCUCCAAAACUGCUGCUGCUCCCAUUGAACGUGUUAAGCUCCUGAUCCAGAACCAGGAUGAGAUGAUCAAAACUGGAAGGCUCUCUGAGCCAUACAAGGGUAUUGGUGAUUGCUUUAAGAGAACAAUGCAGGAUGAGGGUGUUGUUUCUUUAUGGAGAGGAAACACAGCCAAUGUCAUUCGUUAUUUCCCCACCCAGGCUUUGAACUUUGCAUUUAAGGACUACUUCAAGAGGCUUUUCAAUUUCAAGAAGGACAGGGAUGGCUACUGGAAAUGGUUUGCUGGCAAUUUGGCCUCUGGAGGUGCUGCUGGUGCAUCAUCCCUUUUGUUUGUUUAUUCUCUUGACUAUGCCCGUACCCGUCUUGCCAAUGAUGCUAAGGCUGCAAAGAAGGGUGGAGAAAGACAAUUCAAUGGUCUUGUGGAUGUCUACAGGAAGACAUUGGCAUCUGAUGGUGUUGCUGGACUUUACCGUGGUUUCAACAUCUCGUGUGUUGGAAUCAUCGUGUAUCGUGGUCUGUACUUUGGAAUGUACGAUUCCUUGAAACCAGUGGUCUUGACUGGAUCAUUGCAGGAUAGCUUUUUCGCUAGCUUUGCCCUAGGGUGGCUCAUCACCAAUGGUGCAGGUCUAGCAUCAUACCCAAUUGACACUGUUAGAAGAAGAAUGAUGAUGACCUCUGGUGAAGCUGUUAAGUACAAGAGUUCUUUGGAUGCAUUUGCACAAAUCCUCAAGAAUGAGGGUGCCAAAUCCCUGUUCAAGGGUGCAGGUGCUAACAUCCUCCGUGCCGUUGCUGGUGCUGGUGUGCUUGCUGGGUACGACAAGUUGCAGGUGCUUGUGUUUGGCAAGAAAUAUGGUUCUGGUGGUGCUUAAUUUUCCAUGAGUCACUAUUAUUAUUUUUAGAUGGCGAUGAAAAACCGUUAAGUUGCGAGAGUUUAGACUAAUUGCUGCCGCAAAUUUUGUUUAAUAAAUUUCCUAGAUGGGAUAUUUUCCCAAAACAAUUAAAAGUUUCUGGAUGGCAAAUUUACAUUGAAAAUAUGAUUUAUUUGAGUGACAGGAUAAAUUACUGUCACUUGGAAUUCCAUUGUUGGUGAUUUCAAAUUGUUUCUUA